AUGUCGGUUGAAAUCUCGCGUACGCAUACAGAAAAAUCUCUAGAACUCUUGGAUACAAUUACUGGAUUUUUGCUGGCUGGAGUGGGUAAUGUUGAUUUAAGGAGGAAAACAAAUUAUCUUAUUGUGGACUCAAAAACUACGGUGAAACAGAUUGAAGAUGCUUUCAAAGAAUUCACAACAAGGGAAGAUGUUGCAAUAGUGUUAAUCAGCCAAUACGUCGCAAACAUGAUAAGGUUUCUAGUUGAUAGCUAUAACAAGCCUAUUCCAGCAAUUCUGGAAAUCCCGUCCAAGGACCAUCCAUAUGAUCCUGCACACGAUUCUGUUCUUUCACGAGUGAAGUACCUCUUCUCCACUGAGUCAGUGGCAUCUGGAAGGCGUUGAAUUGUUCUAGAGAAUCAUACACGUCGCUGUUCCUUGACAUGCUGCUUUGUUUUCUUCUUGUAUUUUCCAGUCAACUAGAUUUAUUGCACUUCAAAAGUUAUUUUGUCUCAUUUAUUUAUUUUUUUGUACUGGAUGAAUUAUUGUUUGAAGGUGGAAGAUUAUCCCUAGUAUAGAUCAUGAUCGAUCAGUUGAAAAACACUUGGUGGGAGUUUCUGAUUUGGAAAUAUACUUGAUUGUCAUGUUUUUCGAUUCGAAAAUAACGGGCGAGUCAAACUU